AUUCCCUUCUGUCAAAUUUCCACUUUUAACACAUCACAACUUCACAAGUUCAGAACUGCUAGUGCUGGACUCCUGCGUUCUCCACAACCUCGCGAGGUCUAGGGCUUACAGUCCACCCGUAAUCUGUCUACGACACAGAGACGGAAGAGGUGAUGGGUUUUAGGUUCGAAUUUUUCCUCGUUUUGAUCUCGAUACUUUCCGCACCGGUUCUAUCUGAUCUAAUCCUUUCGAAGGUCGAUCGACGAAUUGAUUUGACUUCUCAAGUUGUGCGGAUUGCUUCAACAUUAAAGGUUGAGAACACAGGCAAUGAUGUGGUAUCAGAGGUUCUAUUGGCAUUUCCUGAUCACCAGGCCAAAAACAUGGCAUAUCUAAAAGCAGCAUCUAAUGUAGGAAAAGGGAGAUCCAAAACUUCUGUUAGCCUCUCUGUUAAAGUUGUCCAUCCUAAAGGAAUGCCUCCAGCUUUGACUCUGUACUCAGUGACUUUACCCAAGGGAUUGGGUAAGAAGGAAAGCUUCACUUUGGACAUCUUGGCUGUGUUAACCCAUUCGUUGCAACCAUUCCCCGAGGAGAUUACUCAGGCUGAUGCACAGCUUGUCAUGUUCCAAGAUAGUGCUUAUUAUCUAUCUCCUUAUGAAACCAAGAUCCAGUCUCUCAGUGUUGUACUGCCUAGUGCAAGAUAUGAAUUCUAUACAAAAAUUCAUAAUACCAAGGUUGUAGAUUCAGAGAUCAGAUAUGGACCCUAUGAGAAUCUUCCUCCCUUCUCAUAUUCACCUAUAGUCGUUCAUUUCGAGAACAAUCAACCCUUUGCAGUUGCUCAGCGAUUGGUGAGAGAGAUAGAAAUUUCUCAUUGGGGAAAUGUACAGGUCACAGAGGACUAUGACAUUGUCCAUGGAGGUGCUCAGAUCAAGGGGGGAUUUUCCAGGAUUGACUAUCAAGCCAGACCUUAUGUAAGAGGUGCAUCGUCAUUUAGGCAUCUUAUUGCUAGAUUGCCUCCACGGGCUCAUUCUGUGUAUUACAGAGAUCAAAUUGGCAAUAUAUCUACAUCUCAUCUUCGGGGUGAUUCUAAAAAGACAGAACUACUAAUUGAACCUCGAUAUCCAAUGUUUGGUGGUUGGAAAACAUCAUUUACAGUUGGUUAUGGGUUACCACUCCGAGACUUUUUGUUUGAGUCAGAAGGGAAGCGCUUCCUCAACUUUUCUUUUGGUUGCCCUAUGGAUGGUGUUGUAAUUGAUGAUCUCAUUGUGAAGGUUGUGCUGCCUGAAGGAUCAAAAGAUAUUUCUGUUUCUGUUCCAUUUCCAGUAAUGCAAUUGCAAGAGAUCAAGUAUUCUCACUUGGAUAUUGUUGGGAGACCGGUGGUUGUGCUAGAGAAGACUAAUGUUGUACCAGAGUAUAAUCUUCAUUUUCAGGUCUAUUACAAGUUCAACAACCUUUCUUUGCUUAGGGAGCCGAUGAUGUUGGUUUUUGGAUUUUUCUUCCUUUUUGUUGCAUGCAUUGUAUACAUGCAUGCUGAUAUGUCAAUCUCCAAAUCUUCUGCUUCCUACUUGGCAAAACUACAGUGGGAUGAGGUGCAAGCAGCGGUUCAGCAAGUUCAGAACAACAUGAACCGCUGUUUAGCAGUGCAUGAUAAACUGGAAGCAUCAUUACGUGAUCUCUCCAGGACCGGAGAUGUUCAGGCUUGUAAAGCAGCACGCAAAGCAGCUGAUGGUUUGUUGAAGGAGUUGUCCAAGGAGUUGAAGCCCUUGCUUGGUUUUUUGCAAUCUUCUCCACAGGCUGCUCAGCUAUGGCCCAAGAUACAGGAGCUGGUUGGCAAGGAGAAAGAGUUGCAGGAGAAGCUGAUGCUAAAACACUCAACAGUGGUGGACUCUUAUGAGAAGAAAUCAGGGGGGCGAGAAAUUGAGAAUCGGGUUGCUUCACACCAACAGAAACUUACAGCCCUGAGGCAGGAGGUUGAUGAUCUUCUUGACAUCAUUAGUGAGAUUUGAUAGGUAAAUUAAUCUAGUCAUCUAAAGUGAACAAAUUUUCCCAUGAUGAUUGUAUACUUUGUUGGGGAUGAGUGGAUUGGAUGGGAAUUUUGUUUUGAUCUAGUAAAUGUUCUGAUGAGACUGAUAAAAAAGAAUAUUGUGAUGAGCUACAACUUUAGUAGUUUUGUUAUCAUGAACGUGCUUAUGCUUAUCUAAUUCCAACUACCAGACUAUCAGUGCAUGUA